AUGUCGACUGGCACUCUAUUCAUCCGCGACUCCCGAACAAACGUAAAUUACGAGAUCCCUAUUACCCGAAACGCAGUACGUGCGACCGACCUUCAGCGCAUUCAGGCGCCCGCGCUCAACAGUAAUCGCGCAGACCAAGUUGCCCAUGGAUUGCGCGUAUAUGAUCCCGGAUUGCAAAACACGGCCGUGACACAAUCGGUUAUCAGUUUCUCGUGA